CUGUUCUUCGGGGCCGCAACUUUUCGAGGUGAAGACUAUGUACGCUUUUCUUUUAAUUUUUCUGUUUUUUGAAUUUAUUGUCUUUGUAACAUUCUGAAGUUUUUUAAGUAAAACGAAACCAUAUGUUUGGUGAUUCGAAAACCUUUUGAACUCUGACUCAGAGUGAUUUUUUCCAAACAAAUAUCUUUAUAUGAAUUGAGAUAUUUUAUACUAAGCAAAGAGCCUUAUGACACGAGCCCAGGACUGAGCUGGGACGGACACCGCCGAGGGUCUUAUUCCACCUCUCAACGUCGGGGUAUCAACGAAAAUUACAAUGGAUUCAACAGAUUUUCAAUUGAACUAUGAUUCAACUAUUGAUUAUUAUAAUUACUACAGUAAUAUAUCUUACGAUGGACUUACUUCCCACACGACAGUCAACACCAAAUGUUUCACUCAAGUUCUUUGUCUGGUGUUGCUGGUGAUCAAUGUGAUCAUCUGUUUGCUGGGGCUUGGGGGAAAUGCAGUGGUUAUCUGGAUUGCAGGGUUUGGCAUGAAGAAGUCAGUCAAUACUACCUGGUACUUGAGCCUGGCUCUAUCCGACUUCAUAUUCUGUGCCUGUUUGCCUUUCAACAUUGCCUACAAUGUCACGGCGGACUGGAUCUUUGGCCUCUUCAUGUGCAAGUUCACGUCCUUUGUCAUGUUCCUCAACAUGUUCAGCAGCAUCUUCCUCCUCGUCAUCAUCAGCAUGGAUCGCUGCAUUGCCGUCAUGUUUCCUGUUUGGGCACAGAAUCAUCGCACUGUCGGAAAAGCAUCUGUGUUAAUCGUACUCGCAUGGAUCAUCUCUGCAGCUUUAAGUAUCCCAUCUAUUGUAUUCCGUGAUGUCCAGAAUCACCUAGGCACAAAUCGAUGCAUGAACAACUACACGUCCAGCCAGUAUAGCCACAAAAUCAUCGCAACAAGCCGCUUUGUUUUUGGAUUUGUAUUGCCUUUCAUCCUCAUUAUCUUUUGUUAUACUGUCAUCAUCCUCAGACUGAGAUCCACCCAGAUGGCAAAGUCCAACAAACCGUUUAAGAUUAUGACGGCUCUCAUCAUGACCUUCUUCCUGUGCUGGCUGCCGUACCACACAUUUGUGCUAAUCGAACAAAACGAGACCUUCAACAGUGAGGUCAUUGCUCUCGGACUGACCAUUGGCACCUCUGUUGCUGCCGCCAACAGCUUCCUAAACCCAGUUUUGUACGUCUUCAUGGGCAAUGACUUCAGGAAGAAGUUCAGGAGCUCCAUCUUAUCAAAGAUCGAGAACGCUAUUGGAGAAGAAGGCCGAACGAUCAGUCGCUACCUGUCUCGUUCUAGCUCAGUGGAUGCCAGGGCAUCUACUCAUAUCUAAAGAAUAAACUACAGAAGAUCGUUAUUUUGCAUUAGGGCUGCCGAUUUAAUGCAGGGAUGUCAAACGAGGGCUACUGUCCAGCAGAGUUCAGUUCGAACCAUAAUUAAACAUACUUGAACCAACUAAUCAAGGUCUUUAGGAUUACUUGAAACUUUAAGUCAGGUGAUUUGGAGCUUGAUACAUUUGAUUUAAUGCAUUUAUUUAGUAUUAUUAAUUGUAAAAACAUUUGCACACACAAGGACUUUGUUUUGGUGACAGAAGAAGCUUCCAGUAAACAGACACAAUAGGUAAAAUAAAUACUUGGAAUAAGAAAUAGCCUAGAUAUAAGAGUUAUUGCACUGGAGUGUUGUCAUUAAUGUUAAAGUUAAACAUUUAACAUUUUGGUGUUUUGGUGCUCGGUGCUCUGUAGCGCUGAUUAGAAGGCAAAGGUUCAAAGAGAUUGUGGCUUGGAUGUGAGGGAUCCAGGUGAUUUUCUGACCUUUUCCCUCAUGUAUAUAGUUCUUGAAGGGUGGGCAGAGGAGCACCAAUAUUCCUCUCAGCUGUCCGAUCCCUCUGAAGUCUUCUUAUGUGGGAUUUUGUAGCUGAGAUAAACCAGACAGUUAAUGAAGUGCAGAGGACAGACACAAUGACGGCUGAGUAGAACUGCAUCAGCAGCUUCUGUGAGCAAGUUGAACUUCCUGAGCUGGCAAAAAAAGUAUAACCUUUACUGGGCUUGUUUUUCCACUAUGGAGUCAAUGUGAUUGUCACACUUUAGGUCCUGAGAGAUGAUUUAACCCUAAAAACAAAACAUAAUGAAAUGCAUAAUUUUGAAUACAGCUAAAACAUCUGUGAAAAAUGAACAAAUGAAGCGAAAAUGAAAUUAAAUGCGGAAUGAUUUCGAGAUGCGUUUUUACCAACUGCUUUUAACUUGACACAUAAUAUUAAAAUGUG